UGGAGAGCUCACACAGACACAGACGACUCGUUGGCAAGAUGGUCAUGUUUGUCGGCAUGUAUACUUAUGGGUUUGUGGCUGCUUCAGUUUGCAUUAUUUGCUUUGCAUGCAUCACCUACCAGCUGUUGAAAAGCUAUCUGCACAAAUGGAAAGAGCUGAAGCCCAUCCCGGGCAUUGGAAACACAUUUCCAUUCAUCGGGAAUGCGUUGCAGUUUAAAUCGAAUGGAGAUUUCUUUCUACAGUUGGUUGGAUACACAACUGAAUUCCGGAAUUCUCCACUGCUUAAAAUAUGGAUUGGACCUAUUCCAUUUCUCAUCUUAUUCCAUGCUGAGACAGUUGAGACAGUCCUGAAUAAUCCUGUUCACAUUGACAAGGCCUAUGCAUACCAAUUUCUGCACCCCUGGCUUGGAACAGGACUACUCACAAGUACUGGGGAUAAGUGGAGACGCAGACGCAAGAUGCUGACUCCAACAUUUCAUUUCUCGAUACUAACUGAGUUCUUGGAGGUGAUGAAUGAGCAAGCAGAGGUGCUCAUAGAGAAACUAGAGAAGCAAGCCGGAAAGGGCCCAUUCAACUGCUUUAGCCACAUCACUCUCUGUGCCCUCGACAUCAUCUGUGAAACUGCCAUGGGAAAGAGGAUCUAUGCACAGAGCAACUAUGACUCAGAGUAUGUGCGCACUGUGUACAGAAUGAGUGACAUCAUCACCAGGCGGCAGAGGAUGCCUUGGUACUGGCCUGACUUUGUGUAUAACUAUGUUGGUGAAGGCAGAGAACACAACCGUAGUCUGAAGAUUCUCCAUUCAUUCACAGAGAGUGUGAUCAAUGAGAGAGCUGAGUACAUAUCCUACGUUGAGUCUGACAGCGAAUCAGAUCAAGGGAUGAGGAAAAGGCGGGCUUUCCUAGAUAUGCUGUUGAAAACAAAAGAUGAGGAUGGCAAAAUGUUAACUCAUAAAGAUAUCCAGGAAGAAGUGGAUACAUUUAUGUUUGAGGGUCAUGACACUACAGCGGCAGCCAUGAAUUGGGCCAUACACUUGUUAGGCUCCCAUCCUGAAGUCCAGAGAAAGGCACAACAAGAACUCUUUGAGGUUUUUGGCGAGUCUGAGAGGCCUGUUAAUACAGAGGAUCUGAAGAAGCUGCGUUAUCUGGAGUGUGUGAUUAAGGAGUCUCUGCGUCUCUUCCCUUCUGUUCCAUUCUUUGCUCGAACCAUCUGUGAUGAUACGCAAAUCAAUGGCUUUAAAGUUCCUAAAGGAACAAAUAUUGUUGUCAUAACUUAUGCUCUCCACCGUGAUCCACGCUUCUUCCCUGAUCCUGAAGAGUUCCGUCCUGAGAGAUUCCUGCCAGAGAACUGCGUUGGUCGACAUCCUUAUGCCUACAUUCCUUUCUCUGCUGGUCUUCGCAACUGCAUUGGUCAGCGGUUUGCUAUCAUGGAGGAGAAGGUUAUUCUGGCUUAUAUUCUGCGCUACUUUAACAUCGUAGCUUGUCAGAAGAGGGAAGAACUCCGGCCACUGGGUGAACUGGUACUGCGACCAGAGCAGGGCAUAUGGAUCACGCUGGAGCGCAGAAAGCACUAACAUAGCAGUAAGCGCACACAUAGCUAACAAUGUCAUAAAAAUGUGUGCAUGAUGGCAACAAUUUAUGUAAAGUCAUAAAAAGUAUAAGUCUUGUCUUAAAAGGAAUGAUGUAUCAUACCAAACAAAGUUAUGUCCGAGUUCAAACAGUAGAUGGUGCUACAUAUUGCUAUUUUAUAACCCUAUUGUCUGUACCGAAAGGAUAACCCUUUUCUACAACACAAAUAUUCAUUCAUUCGUUCAGUCGUUAGUUCAUUUUCCUUCAGCUUAGUCCCAUAUUUAUCAGGGGUUGCCACAGUGGAAUGAACUGCCAACCAUUCCAGCAUAUGUUUUACGCAGCGGAUGCCCUUCCAGCCGCAACCCAGUACUGCGAAACACCCAUACACACCCUUGCAUUCACACACGCACUCAUACACUACAGCCAAUUUAGUUUAUUCAGUUCACCUAUACCGCAUGUCUUUGGACUGUGGGGGAAACUGGAGCACCUGGAGGAAACCCACAUGAACACAGGGGGAAAUGCAAACUUCACAUAGAAAUGCCAACUGGUCCAACCGGGACUCGAACCAGUGACCUUCUUGCUGUGAGGCGACCGUGCUAACCAUUGAGCAACCGUGCCACCCUGAUUCAAACUGACACAAUAACAAUGAUUUUCAGCAAAUAGACUAUUCUGUAAAUAACAGGACUGCAUAAUUUUAAAUGUCAAAAAUAUAAAUGCAAUAAAAAUUGCAUUUGAGCAAAUUUUGAAAAUACUUUUUUAAAAAUAAAAAUGCAAAUGAGCAAUGAGUACAAUUCUUAUUAAUUAACAGUUAAUUUAGUAAAAGAAGAAUUAAUUAAAAGAAGUUAGCGUUAAGAUUCUUUGUGCUAUAAUAAUAAAUGUGGUUGUUUAAGCUCUAAAAUACUUUUUGGUUCUUUCCCUUCUGGUAAGUUUUUUUUUUCAUAAUUUGUUGAAUUGAAAUAAUCUAAACCACUAUAAAUAACCAUUUGUGAACUAAAAAGGUUCCAUUGAUGUUAAAGGUCUUACACUGAAUGAUGGAUGCCUAUAAAGGACCUUGCUUUACAGUACUUUGGCAUACUGCACUAGACAAACAGUCAACACAUAAAUUACUCAAACAUGUACCAUAUGGCGGACGGUGACCAACUUUUGAUUGUAUGUGUAUUUUUAACACUCAUACAUUGUGCAACAUUGGAAUAAAUGAUGAAGAAAGUAUUGGCUUGUGUUAAAAAAUAUAAAACGAGACAAGUGUCAGGGAAUUAAUGUCAUUUGGUGCUGUCAUCACUUAAUAAAUAAUUAUUCUGAGUUACAUCAAAGUGAAUCUUUCCAGAAUUGAUGGCUAUUCAAUUUCAGUGUGUAAGUUUUGUAUAUUUACCUAGCUAAUUAAAAAUAGUGUUUUAUUCAACAAAUGGUGUAUGCUUGAACCAAUAAGCUUUGAGAGCAGUUUUAAUCUCCUGCCUUCCUAGAUCAUUACACUGGUCUAUGCUUAUGCAAACAAACUGAUGUUUUUAUGUUUGUGUCAAUGUUAAGGUAGAACUGCUGUCUGUUUGGAUGAAUAAAAACCUAACUUUUUCA